GUGAUAUAACUGGAAUAAUGUUGAAAGCGGCGUUAAAUCUCUCUAUCUCUCUCUACAUGUUAUCAGGCAGACUGACACUUGUGUUUCAGGUACAGCCACAAUAGAGCCUGUCACCGGCUCAGUGAUGGAAGGGAAGAGCUACACGUUCACCUGCACAUUCUACCUGUCCUACAGACUGACACUUGUGUUUCAGGUACAGCCACUGUGGAGCCUGUUACCGGCUCAGUGAUGGAAGGGAAGAGCUACACGUUCACCUGCACAUUCUACCUGUCCUACAGACUGACACUUGUGUUUCAGGUACAGCCACAAUAGAGCCUGUCACCGGCUCAGUGAUGGAAGGGAAGAGCUACACGUUCACCUGCACAUUCUACCUGUCCUACAGACUGACACUUGUCUUUCAGGUACAGCCACAGUGGAGCCUGUCACCGGCUCAGUGAUGGAAGGGAAGAGCUACACGUUCACCUGCACAUUCUACCUGUCCUACAGACUGACACUUGUCUUUCAGGUACAGCCACAGUGGAGCCUGUCACCGGCUCAGUGAUGGAAGGGAAGAGCUACACGUUCACCUGCACAUUCUACCUGUCCUACAGACUGACACUUGUGUUUCAGGUACAGCCACUGUGGAGCCUGUCACCGGCUCAGUGAUGGAAGGGAAGAGCUACACGUUCACCUGCACAUUCUACCUGUCCUACAGACUGACACUUGUGUUUCAGGUACAGCCACUGUGGAGCCUGUCACCGGCUCAGUGAUGGAAGGGAAGAGCUACACGUUCACCUGCACAUUCUACCUGUCCUACAGACUGACACUUGUCUUUCAGGUACAGCCACAGUGGAGCCUGUCACCGGCUCAGUGAUGGAAGGGAAGAGCUACACGUUCACCUGCACAUUCUACCUGUCCUACAGACUGACACUUGUGUUUCAGGUACAGCCACUGUGGAGCCUGUCACCGGCUCAGUGAUGGAAGGGAAGAGCUACACGUUCACCUGCACAUUCUACCUGUCCUACAGACUGACACUUGUCUUUCAGGUACAGCCACAGUGGAGCCUGUCACCGGCUCAGUGAUGGAAGGGAAGAGCUACACGUUCACCUGCACAUUCUACCUGUCCUACAGACUGACACUUGUGUUUCAGGUACAGCCACUGUGGAGCCUGUCACCGGCUCAGUGAUGGAAGGGAAGAGCUACACGUUCACCUGCACAUUCUACCUGUCCUACAGACUGACACUUGUGUUUCAGGUACAGCCACAAUAGAGCCUGUCACCGGCUCAGUGAUCGAAGGGAAGAGCUACACGUUCACCUGCAGCACCACGCAACAGGGACACUUUUUGGUCUAUUUUAAGCAGGGGACAACCACCUAUUGCCGGGUGGAUAGCAUGGGAACGGAUAGGGGACUGGAGUGUGGGGUUGUAAGAGGGGACCCCUCCAAGUUUUAUUUCAAAAUACCCGUCACGUACCGGAACCACUCAAGUACACAUUGGUCAUGUCAGGCUCGUGCAGACAAGAGCAACAUGGCAAGUCUAGAUGUCUGGUCAGUAAAGUACACCUGAUACAAUCCGCGCUGUUCCAGACCCGCCGGCGAUAAACAGUUUGACCGCCAACGCUGUAGCCAACAGAAACGUGGUCAACGUAAACGACACCGUUUCCUUGGUUUGUCGAUACGAAGGUAACCCUCCCGCCGACGUCAUCAUCAGAAAGCAGAGCCGGAGUCUACAAACUGUAGUCGGCGAUGUCGCUGUGAGGUCCACUCUGACAACAGUGAGUUGUCACGAUAUGGCGACCUAUGUAUGCCAGGCCUCAAAUAGGUUUGGCUCUGCCUCAUCAACUAUUCGACUACUAGUCAGGUGUCCUCCAACCCAAGGUGCUUCCCAAGGUACAACCACAACCUCCCUUGAAGGGGACGUAACUCUGACCCUGACAGUGAUGGCCUACCCUCGGCCUACCUUCACCUGGUUUGGCCCGCUUGGGAACCUGUUAGACGCAAACAAUGGUUCUCUGGACGCUAAUCUGAACGUCAUCAGCAGGAUUACCAUUAAAGACGUCACUGAUGAUGACCUUGGAGUAUACACAGUUAUUGUCAAAAACGAUCUUGGAUCAGGAAAUUUUACCGUCGCACUAGCCACAGAAGAUCCCGUUAGUGGGGGUUUGGUGGCCGGGCUUGUUAUCGGCGGGAUUGCCAUUCUGGUGAUUGUUGCAGAUCCCGUUAGAGGGGGUUUGGUGACCGGGCUUGUUAUCGGCGGGAUUGCCAUUCUGGUGAUUGUUGCAGAUCCCGUUAGAGGGGGUUUGGUGACCGGGCUUGUUAUCGGCGGGAUUGCCAUUCUGGUGAUUGUUGCAGAUCCCGUUAGUGGGGGUUUGGUGGCCGGGCUUGUUAUCGGCGGGAUUGCCAUUCUGGUGAUUGUUGCAGAUCCCGUUAGUGGGGGUUUGGUGACCGGGCUUGUUAUCGGCGGGAUUGCCAUUCUGGUGAUUGUUGCAGAUCCCGUUAGAGGGGGUUUGGUGACCGGGCUUGUUAUCGGCGGGAUUGCAAUUCUGGUGAUUGUUGCAGAUCCCGUUAGUGGGGGUUUGGUGGCCGGGCUUGUUAUCGGCGGGAUUGCCAUUCUGGUGAUUGUUGCAGAUCCCGUUAGAGGGGGUUUGGUGACCGGGCUUGUUCUCGGCGGGAUCGCCAUUCUGGUGAUUGUUGCAGAUCCCGUUAGUGGGGGUUUGGUGGCCGGGAUUGUUCUCGGCGGGAUUGCCAUUCUGGUGAUUGUUGCAGAUCCCGUUAGUGGGGGUUUGGUGACCGGGCUUGUUAUCGGCGGGAUCGCCAUUCUGGUGAUUGUUGCAGAUCCCGUUAGUGGGGGUUUGGUGGCCGGGAUUGUUCUCGGCGGGAUUGCCAUUCUGGUAAUUGUUGCAGAUCCCGUUAGAGGGGGUUUGGUGGCCGGGCUUGUUCUCGGCGGGAUUGCCAUUCUGGUGAUUGUUGCGAUCCCGUUAGAGGGGGUUUGGUGGCCGGGCUUGUUAUCGGCGGGAUCGCCAUUCUGGUGAUUGUUGCAGAUCCCGUUAGUGGGGGUUUGGUGACCGGGCUUGUUCUCGGCGGGAUUGCCAUUCUGGUGAUUGUUGCAGAUCCCGUUAGAGGGGGUUUGGUGGCCGGGAUUGUUAUCGGCGGGAUUGCCAUUCUGGUGAUUGUUGCAGAUCCCGUUAGUGGGGGUUUGGUGGCCGGGCUUGUUAUCGGCGGGAUUGCCAUUCUGGUGAUUGUUGCAGAUCCCGUUAGUGGGGGUUUGGUGGCCGGGCUUGUUAUCGGCGGGAUUGCCAUUCUGGUGAUUGUUGCAGAUCCCGUUAGUGGGGGUUUGGUGGCCGGGCUUGUUAUCGGCGGGAUCGCCAUUCUGGUGAUUGUUGCAGAUCCCGUUAGAGGGGGUUUGGUGACCGGGCUUGUUAUCGGCGGGAUUGCCAUUCUGGUGAUUGUUGCAGAUCCCGUUAGUGGGGGUUUGGUGACCGGGCUUGUUCUCGGCGGGAUUGCCAUUCUGGUGAUUGUUGCAGAUCCCGUUAGUGGGGGUUUGGUGACCGGGCUUGUUAUCGGCGGGAUUGCCAUUCUGGUGAUUGUUGCAGAUCCCGUUAGUGGGGGUUUGGUGACCGGGCUUGUUCUCGGCGGGAUUGCCAUUCUGGUGAUUGUUGCAGAUCCCGUUAGUUGGGGUUUGGUGACCGGGCUUGUUAUCGGCGGGAUUGCCAUUCUGGUGAUUGUUGCAGAUCCCGUUAGUGGGGGUUUGGUGACCGGGCUUGUUAUCGGCGGGAUUGCCAUUCUGGUGAUUGUUGCAGAUCCCGUUAGUGGGGGUUUGGUGACCGGGCUUGUUCUCGGCGGGAUUGCCAUUCUGGUGAUUGUUGCAGAUCCCGUUAGAGGGGGUUUGGUGACCGGGCUUGUUCUCGGCGGGAUUGCCAUUCUGGUGAUUGUUGCAGAUCCCGUUAGAGGGGGUUUGGUGGCCGGGCUUGUUAUCGGCGGGAUUGCCAUUCUGGUGAUUGUUGCAGAUCCCGUUAGUGGGGGUUUGGUGGCGGGAUUGUUCUCGGCGGGAUUGCCAUUCUGGUGAUUGUUGCAGAUCCCGUUAGAGGGGGUUUGGUGACCGGGCUUGUUCUCGGCGGGAUUGCCAUUCUGGUGAUUGUUGCAGAUCCCGUUAGAGGGGGUUUGGUGGCCGGGCUUGUUAUCGGCGGGAUCGCCAUUCUGGUGAUUGUUGCAGAUCCCGUUAGUGGGGGUUUGGUGGCGGGAUUGUUCUCGGCGGGAUUGCCAUUCUGGUGAUUGUUGCAGAUCCCGUUAGAGGGGGUUUGGUGACCGGGCUUGUUCUCGGCGGGAUUGCCAUUCUGGUGAUUGUUGCAGAUCCCGUUAGAGGGGGUUUGGUGGCCGGGCUUGUUAUCGGCGGGAUUGCCAUUCUGGUGAUUGUUGCAGAUCCCGUUAGUGGGGGUUUGGUGGCCGGGAUUGUUCUCGGCGGGAUUGCCAUUCUGGUGAUUGUUGCUGUUUCCGUGGUCUUGAUCAACCGAAAGAUGA